UUACUUUCCUUCCCAGUUGCCCAGUGGGACAGUUGGGUCUCAGCAGCUCAAGCGGCUCCAUCGUAACCACAAGCCAACCGACCAGUCAACCAGCCAUGAGCAAGUCCUACUCCUCCUCAGCUCAGUCUGCCUCCUCGUACCGCCGCACCUUCGGCUCUGGCGUUGGAGCAUCCCCAAUGUCUUCUCUGUUCUCCUCUGUCGGAGGAGGCCGCAGCUCCUCUUCCAGCCAUAUGGCCUCCAGGGUCUAUGAGGUCAAGAGCACCGGUGUUCCGUCCUUCUCCAGCUACAGGGUGUCCUCUGGUGCCGGGGGAGCAGGGUUCGGCUCUUCUACAGCCGUGCGCUCCUAUGCCGGUGAGAAACUCGACUUCAACCUGGCCGAUGCCAUGAACCAGGACUUCCUCAACACAAGGACCAACGAGAAGGCCGAGCUCCAGCACCUCAACGACCGCUUCGCCAGCUACAUCGAGAAGGUGCGUUUCCUGGAGCAGCAGAACGCGGCGCUGACGGUGGAGAUUGAGAAGCUGAGGGGCCGCGAGGGGCCCGGACGCGUCGCUGAGAUGUAUGAAGAGGAGAUGAGGGAGCUGAGGAGGCAGAUUGAGGCCAUCUCCAACCAGCGCGCCAGAGUGGAGGUGGAGAGAGACAACUUGGCUGAUGACCUGCAGAAACUCAAGCUCAGACUUCAAGAAGAGAUUCACCAGAAGGAAGAGGCUGAGAACAACCUGUCUGCUUUCAGAGCCGAUGUUGACAGUGCAACUCUGGCCAGGCUGGACCUGGAGAGACGCAUUGAGAGUCUGCAAGAGGAGAUUGCCUUCCUCAAGAAGAUCCAUGAAGAGGAGAUCCGUGAGCUGCAGAGCCAGAUGCAGGACACUCAGGUGCAGAUCCAGAUGGACAUGUCCAAACCCGACCUGACUGCUGCUCUGAGAGACAUCCGCAUGCAGUACGAAGCCAUUGCUGCCAAGAACAUUGCAGAGGCUGAAGACUGGUACAAAUCCAAGGUGUCUGAUCUGAACCAGGCCGUGAACAAGAACAAUGACGCCCUGCGUCAGGCCAAGCAGGAGAGCAUGGAGUACAGGCACCAGAUCCAGUCCUACACCUGCGAGAUCGACUCACUCAAAGGCACCAACGAGUCUCUGCUGCGCCAGAUGAGAGAUAUGGAGGAUCGCAUGGGCCGCGAGGCUUCUGGGUACCAGGAUACAAUUGCAAGGCUGGAGGAAGAUAUCGCUAAAAUGAAGGACGACAUGGCCCGCCACCUGAGGGAAUACCAGGACCUCCUCAACGUGAAGAUGGCCCUCGAUAUUGAAAUCGCCACCUACCGCAAGCUGCUGGAGGGAGAGGAGAGCAGGAUCACUACCACUAUGCCUAUGCAGUCUGCCUACUCCUCCAUUGGAUUCAGAGAGACCAGUCCUGAGUCCCAACAUCAGCGCUCAUCAGAGGUUCACUCCAAGAAAACUGUUCUCAUCAAGACCAUUGAGACCCGUGAUGGAGAGGUCGUCAGUGAGUCCACACAACACCAGCAAGACAUCAUGUAAACAAGAAGAAGAAAUAUUAAAUAAAUAGUAUAAACAGUGAAUAACUUUCCUACCACUACUAUAAUGAUUUGUAAGCUGAGCCUGUUUUCCAAUACAGAAUACUAACCAUUUCAUCUGAUCUAAAUUCAACCAGUAUACAUUUAGUCCAGUUUAAUAGAUGUAGUAUGAUGGCACAAUGCCUUUAGCCUGGUUUUAAAUAAAGGGCAUUCCAUUAUUUCUUUACUUAUGUUACUUUCCUUCUCUCAAAAAUAUCAGGAUUAUUAUAUCUUGUCUACAAAAAUACUUCAGAGGCAAAAGUAGCAUUUCAAAUGCACAAGGCUUAUAUUUCUGUAUUUGCCGGGAAAGUUUGCAAGCUGCAAAACAGAUCGAUGUGCCUGCAACACCAUGGCCAAACAUCCUUUUGUAAGAGUCAAUUUCACUGCACAUAUUCCAAGAUUUGUUUGUGCAAAUGUACACGUAUAUGAUCGAUUAAGAUGGGCUAUCUGUGGGACUGAUUUAAGGAAAGUGACGUGUUAGUCUUGAAAAAAUGCCAAAAACACAAACAUCGAAUGAAAAGGGAACUCAGUCAUGUUUGAAGUUUGAGCUCUAUAGCAUUUGCUGGGUCUUUGAUUGUAUGUGUAUGGGUAACCGUGAUGUGGUGCUGCUCUGGAACAAAAAUCUCAAAUAAAGUCAUUUAUCAUCACA